AUGCCUGUCGAUCAUCGAGCUUCCUACUGCCCACUGCAACUCGACGAACCCGGGCCGCUGCAUCUUCGUCAUAACAAAUGUUUAUCCCGACGAUCACUACAUCACACAGCACACAUCAUACAUCACACAUCACACAUUGCACAUUACACAUUGCACAUCACGCAUUGCACAUCACGCAUUGCACAUCACGCACUGCACAUCACGCACUGCACAUCGCGCACUGCACAUCACGCAUUGCACAUCACGCAUUGCACAUCACACAUCGUUACAUCACAGGCUGGGGAAAUUUCAUUCCGGAGAAACAACAUCCUGAGGGCUGAAUGCUUGUCGAUCUGCGAUAAGCACCACGGGCCCUGUUGA